AUGUUUAACAGCGCUUUCACUCAAGAGGUUCAGGCAACCUUCAAAGAACUGGACACAGAUGGGAAUGGGACAGUUACGGCCAAGGAACUGAAAGCAAAACUGGAACAAAUGUGCGGUCGACCCUUGCAGAUGACCACAGUGGAACUGUUCAUGAAGCAGUAUGAUAUCGAUGGCGAUAAAAUGUGGUCUGAAGCCGAGCUGGCCGAGUUCCUCAGAAAGAAUAAGGAAUAG